UUGAGGCGGUUUGCACAAAAGCGGUUUCAGAUCAUACCAGUUUUGACGCUCGUUUUCAUGAUCAAAACUGCCUUUUAGAUUUCUCAACUUGUUGCCGAAAAGAUGGUUGAAGGUCCAGGAUGCAAAUUGAAGGGGGAGAAGAUGAAGGGCCGGCUCAAGGGGAAAGUUGUCAAGCGUGUCAGUGGAAACGUGGUGGAAAAGGAAAAUAAAGUAAAGAAGAAUCCUGAUGUUAUGAACAGAUAUUCUGAGUUCAUUGGAAGAAAACUUGAUGAUGUGCAGACACUCGGGAAAGAACUCUUCAUGUAUUUUGGAGAUAAGUGUUUUAGGGUGCAUUUCUUGAUGGACGGAUCCUUCAGAGUCAACAACCAAGUGCUCGAUAAUGACCCAUCAAACACGAAUUCAGAAGCGAUGCUUUUAGAAAUUGGGGAGGAUAAGGUGGCAUUCUAUAAGUGUUCUGUUGAUAUAAGACUCUCCGCUGACUGUCGUUCCAAGUUUGACCGGUUGCAUAGCCUUGACAUAUGCUCUUCAACUUUCAACCACCAGAGGGCAGUGCAAACAUUUAUGGAGCAAGAAAACCGACUUGUUUGCGAUGUCCUUUUAGAUCAGGUGAUUCUACCUGGUGUUGGUAACAUCAUCAAGAAUGAGGCUCUCUUUGACAGCGGAAUACGUCCGAGUUCACGAGUGAAACAAUUGAAUGAAGCUUUGGUCUCACACCUCAUCAGGAUGACGAGGGAUUUCUCUAUGAUAUUUUACAAGUGCCGUAAAACAGGCGAGUCGUUGCGGAAGUAUGAGAAAGUCUACAGCAGACAAACAUGCCGUCAGUGUCGGGGGAAAAUCACAAUUACCAGAAUGGGUGAGGACAGUGCCAGGAUGACUCAUUACUGUCCUCAAUGCCAGACUAACAAUCCUAAAGAUGCAAGAACUUUGCCGACAAAGAACUCCCUACUAGGCUGGGUAACCUCAGGUCAGAAUCAACCUAUGUCAAUGGAGUGGACAUGUACUGCCUGCACUCUCAUCAACCAGGGUAGUGCUACAGCCUGUUCAGCAUGCGAAGGAAAGAAACCACACGUGGAACCAAAAGCAAUACAAGUCCCUAUUCUAAAGCCUGUGCCGUUGAUUACCAAUUCAAAUAACAAUACUUCUUCAUCUAGAAGAACAACAAAUCGCACAAUAAAAACCAACAAACGAAAGGGUGACCCUAUACCAUCUUCACCUACGAAGAGAUUGAGGUCAGAUGUGGCCUUUUUUGGUUCGAAGUCUGCAGGAUCUGGUGCCCUAUCAUCAAAACCUGUUUCUCUUGGCAAUUCAUUACCAACGAUAAAAAGUGACAAUGUUGUGAAUGGAAAUGAGUCUGCAGUUAUAGACCUGUCAGAUUCAGACAAUGUGGGUACAAGUGGAGACCCACAAGCUCCACCAGGAAAGACAGGAGCUGAUAAAAGAGCAGUAUAUGUAAACUGUAGCAUAAACUCUGAUGGAAGCAAUAUUUCAGGUUCAAAUGAAAACAUUUCAAGGAGCACCUCAGUUGAUUCUGAUGUGACCUCAAGAGAAAGCAACAGUGAACUAUCGAAGAUGAACAAUACCAGAAGGAACGCAGUAAAUCACACUGUAAAUCUCACAACUAAGUCAAACAAUGAGAGAAAUUAUACGUCGGUGAAAUCAAGAAGUGGCAACAGCUCUGUGAAUACUAACAGUCAACCCCAAGCUGACCCUGGGGCAAACAAGAGCAAAAUUCCCCUCUGUCCUAAGCACAAUAUGAAAUGUGCCUUGCGGGAGGUUCGAAAGGAAGGUGCCAACCUCGGAAGGAUGUUCUUCUGCUGUCCUUUACCUAGGGGGAAGCAGUGCUUCAUCUUCAGGUGGGCAGAUGAAGAGUUCCCGAUAUGUGAAGGCCAUGGCAAGAAAUGCGUCUUGCGCACUGUUUUGAAGGAAGGGCAAAAUAAUAGAAGGAAAUUCUUUGCAUGUUCCGUGGGCAGAAAGAAGCAGUGUAAAUUCUUUCAGUGGGCGGACGAGUACAAUGAUUGAAACAUAAUUAAACUUGAGGAAAAGUACUCUUUCAGGGAGGUGUCUUUGUAAUGCCAACAUGGACUGCAGAUGUGUGAUGUGCUUAUACACAUGACAAGUGUUGAGCUGGCAAAUAAGGUGUAAUAUGCUUUUUAUACAUGCAUGCCCUAAAAAUAUAGAGUUUUAAGUGCACUAUGUAUAUUCUUUUAAUAUAUUCUUGAUGCGCCCAUGUAUAAAUGUGUGCCUAUUCAAUAUUUUGUUAUGUGUUUUAAUGUACAGGGGUCAUGUCAUUUCCCCAGACUUAUUAUGAAAGAGAUCGGAAGGAGGGGCAGCUUUUUCAAAGCUUGGGAGGAAUCUUUGCAUGGCGAGAAAAGAACACUUCCAAAUUGAUGCUAUGUGUUGCUUGAGAGUAAUCCAUCAAUCCAUCCAUCCAUCUGUAUCGGGGAGAAAUUAAUCAAAAGUUAUUUUGUAAUAAUCAUGGAGCACCCUCUACGCUGGACCUA